AUGAACGAAAAAAUAUUAAUUGCUUCACUUGCCACUGAAAGUGAAACACAAAGAUCCCCUGAAGAUUUAAAAUGAAAAAACUGUAUAUCUCUUGAUGACUCAAGCAUUUCUCCUUGAAAAUCAAAUAUAAAUAGUGUUGAUAUUCUUUAUCACAAUAAACAAAAAAGUGAGGAUUUCCCCUUAAAACCUAUAGACAAGCCUUUAAUUAGCUUGGCUGCUGCGAACUUUAAAAAAGAAGAAUCUAAUAGAAAAUCUCCAGGGCCACAGAUAGCUCCUGCUGGUUUCAACGUCUCCAGACAUGGGUCUACUACAAGAAGAUCACUAGAACCUCAAAUAAUAAUACAGCCACAUUUAACCCUUCAAGAUCACAGUAAAAAAUUACUAGAAAACCGGCCAUCUGCGAUUUCUCCUGAAAAAGAAGAUGAGCAAACAGUGAAAAUAAGGAGGAUAUUGGAAAACGCCCAAAUAGUCCAUGAAAAUGCAAAAAGUAAAGAAUCCGAGCCAAAUUCCCCUAAAAAUUUUCCAACUGUAAGAGAACUGCCUACUUUUGCUGUAAAAAACUCAAAAGCUGAGUCAAUAAAUCAGGUUAAUCGCUCCUCAAGCACAAAUAGAGCAGCAAACAUGCUACAGUCAGCGAAAAACAAAAAUAUUGAAUCAAAAAGUGCAAAGCCUGCUGAAUUUGUAAAGAACAGAGUCCAGCCCCAUCAUGAAUCUCAUGAGUCAGAUACAUUUGUAAGUUUAUUUUCGUGACUUUCUAAUAACACAAAUAAACUGCCGCCCCUGCAAAAAUCUCAAACAAUUCAAAGCUGCAUUUAAGUUGAAGCAUAUGUUUAAUAGAUAAUCUUAAAGGCCUGCUCCCUGAUUGCCUUAACUUGGACCAACAGCUCUGAUUAACGGUAUAUGAGCUGAGUCUAAAUGCCGACCUGUUUCUGUCCUAAGUCUCUUAGAAACCUCUCUUUCUACACCAGCCUCAAUGUAAAAUGCUUCUCUUCAAGCCGAGACUCUCAAGAAGGCGAAAACUUCUUUCACUGAGCUGAGUUGUAGAAAUGUGGCCCUAAUUGCCAUUUUAAAUUGUGGAAAACUGCAUUAAGUAUUUUGACACCAAUUAUAAUAGACCUAGCGUGAUCAUGAAAAAUCAUAUGGAUUUCCAAAAGACGAUGCGAAGCAACUCAAAUAAGCGGUCAAUUGUGAGCACAAAAGAUGUGGCUAGACAUUUUACGCAGCAGAGAAAAAAAGAAAAAUCAAGACUGAUUAAAAUCAUAGAGUAG